AUGUCUCCUGUUCCUGUUGUUUCCUCCUGCAGGUGGAACCAUGCUUUUAAGAACCAGAUCACCACGCUGCAGAGCCAGGCCAAGAACCGGGCCAACCCCAACCGCAGCGAGGUCCAGGCCAACCUGUCCCUGUUCCUGGAGGCCGCUAGUGGCUUCUACACCCAGCUCUUGCAGGAACUGUGCACCGUGUUCAACGUGGACCUGCCGUGCCGGGUCAAGUCGUCUCAGCUCGGCAUCAUCAGCAAUAAGCAGAGCGUCGGCAGCGCCAUCGUCACGCCGCAGCCCAGCUCCUGCUCCUACAUCUGCCAGCACUGCCUGGUCCACCUCGGGGACAUCGCACGUUAUCGUAACCAGACCAGCCAGGCGGAGUCGUACUACCGACACGCAGCCCAGCUGGUCCCAUCCAACGGUCAGCCCUACAACCAGCUGGCCAUCCUGGCCUCGUCUAAAGGAGACCACCUCACCACCAUCUUCUACUACUGCCGCAGCAUCGCUGUCAAGUUCCCCUUCCCAGCAGCCUCCACCAACCUGCAGAAGGCCCUGUCCAAGGCUCUGGAGAGCCGCGACGAGGUGAAAACCAAGUGGAGCGUGUCCGAUUUCAUCAGAGCCUUCAUCAAGUUUCACGGCCACGUCUUCCUCAGCAAGAGUCUGGACAAACUGGACGCUCUGAGGGAGAAACUGGAGGAGCAGUUUCAGCUUCCUGUCCCUCCAGUGUCCUUCCUGGGGCUGAUGUGCAGCCGGGCUCUGAUCAACAGGAGCCGCGGGGAGGAGAUCAUGGGCGAGUGUCCUCUGCCGGCCAUCAAGGUGUCUCUGGACUGGAUCCGCCUGAGACCCAGCGUCUUCCACGAGGCCGCCGUGCACCAGCGCCAGCAUGUCUGGCCCUGGCUCGUCUCCAUCCUCAACAGCUUCCAGCCCAGAGAGGACGACGUGUCCUGCUCCUCGGUGACGCCGCUGCCGGAGGAGUUUGAGUUGCAGGGAUUCUUGGCGCUCCGACCCGCUCUGAGGCUGGUGCUCGUACAGUUUGAGCGGGUCCUGCGGCGCCAUGUAGAACUGCUGCUGCUGCUUCAGGGACAUCUGCAUGGGGGACAUCUUCUGCAGGGCGGCCUGGGCCUGGUUCCACAUCUGGGCCGGCUGGUCCUGGACCUGCAUUGGUCUUCAUCAUCCUGUCUGUUGGCCUCAUGCUGUCUGAUGGUCUUCAUCAUCCUGUCUGUUGGCCUCAUCCUGUCUGUUGGCCUCAUCCUGUCUGUUGGUCUUCAUCAUCCUGUCUGUUGGCCUCAUGCUGUCUGUUGGUCUCAUCCUGUCUGUUGCUCUCCUCCUGUCUGUUGGUCUCAUCCUGUCUGUUGGUCUCUGCAGCUGAACCAGACCAGGAUGGAGAGCGGUUCUGAGGCUGUCAGCCAAUCAUCUUCUCUGCUGCCCAUGUCUGGCUUCCCCAUGCAGGAGUACAACCAGAACAGCAUCUUCAGCCAGGCGUACGGUAAGAACCUGCCCCCCAGCUCCAAGCUGGAAGCUCCCAUGAUGCACCAGGAGCCGUCGCUCUACUCCCUGUUCGAGGGGACGCCGUGGUCGCCGUCGCUGCCCGCCAGCUCAGAUCACUCCACCCCGGCCAGCCAAUCCCCUCACUCCUCCAACCCCAGCAGCCUGCCGUCCUCCCCCCCCACUCACAACCACGGAGCCAUGCCCUUCUCCAACUUUGGGCCCAUCGGCACCCCGGACAGCCGGGACCGCCGGGCGGUGGACCGCUGGAAGCCCGACAAGACCGGAGCGGUGAGCGGCUUCGGCCUGGACUACCUGCCGGCUGCAGCUUCCUCGGCAGCUUCAGACUCCAGCUGGCACCAGACGGGGCCGGCCGGCAGCUCCUGGACCAAUCAGGAGUGUCCGAUGGAGGAGUCGUCCUCCACCGUGCUGCUCGACAGCCUCAAGGUCCACUGGUGUCUCCACGUGCUCUUCUGUCUCAGUCUGCUUUAGUCUAACCCAAAAUCACCAGCACCAAACCCACCAGACUCCAUGUAAAUAAUAUGGACUUUUAUCAGCGGGAAAUACACUUCAUUCAAAGUGGACAGAAACUAAAUGUUUCUGUCCAAAAACUACCAGAAGCCGUCUUGGUUAGUCUUUCCACUGUUCCACCAAUCACCACUCUGGUCUGGUCGGAAUAAACUCUUAAUUCACCCAUUUACAUGUGGAGAUAUGCUGCUCUAUACACGCUAA